AUAGUGGGCGGGGCCGUGGGCGUGAUUGACAGGGGAGCCGGUCCUGGGCCAAGGAGGAAGCCAGCCAUGGCGCUGCUGCUGGAACACGAGUUCAAGGCUCUGCCUGCAGACAAGCAGAUUGACACGCUUCCCUUCCUCGAGGCCGUGGCCCACCUGCCCCCCUUCUUCGAUUGCUUGGGAACCCCGAUUGUUUACGCGCCCGUCAAAGCCGAUUUAUCUGGAAAUAUUAAGAAAAUCCGUGCGGUGUACGAGUCCAACCCGGCCAAGUUCAAGACGCUGCAGAACAUUCUGGAAGUCGAGAAGGAGAUGCACGGCUCCGCCUGGCCCAAAGUGGGCGGGACCCUCGCCCUCAUGUGGCUCAAGAGGGGCCUGAAGUUCAUCCAGGUUUUGCUGCAGAGCCUUUGCGACGGGGAGCGGGACGAGGAGCACCCCAACCACAUCCGGGUCAACGCCACCAAGGCCUACGAGAUCGCCCUCAGGAAAUACCACGGAUGGGUCCUGCAGAAGCUCUUCCUGGGCUCUGUGUACGCGCUUCCGUACCGUUCGGACCUGUUGAAGGCCUUGGAAAAAGGGAAGGAAGUGAAGGAGGAGGAGACGCUGGAGAAGAUCCACCAGUUCCUGCAAAAGGCCACCCCGCUCCUGGACGCCAUCUACGACAUGUACUCCAAGAUGAACGCCGAGCUCAGCUACAAGGCCUAGGAAACAAUAAUAUAACAUCACAUCAUAGAAUAUAGAAAAAUUAGAACAUUAUAAUAUAAUAUAAUAUAAUAUAAUAAUAUUAUCUAUAUAUAUAAAAGAGUGAUGGCAUCACGGCAACGCACAAAACAACAAAACUCCAGGCCCCCCAACCUCGAAAUUUGACAACACAACCCAUCAUCCACGCCUCUAGGUUGAUACAACAAAAAGAAAAGAAAAAUAAAGUCCUAAUUUGAGAGAGAGAGGAAUAAUUGCUUUUAUCCAGUUGCUGCCAGUUAGAAGGCUAAGCUCCUCCCACUUGGUCUCCUAGCAACCCAAUAAAAAAUAAUAAAAAACACUAAAAAAUAAUUAAAAACACUAAAAAAUGAAUACAAUAAAAUACCAUAAUAACAAAAAAAAUAACUAAAAAUUAUACAAGAAAAUAAUAAAAUAUAAUAAAUAAAAAGAUAACUUACAAUAAAAUUAAUUAAAAAAUACAAAUAAUGUCAAAUAAAAAUGACACAACAAUUUUUAACCAAUACCACCGCCACUUUGCCACAGCAACGCGUGGCCGGGCACAGCUAGUUAUUAUAAUAUAAUAAUAUAAUAUUAUUAUAUUAUAUUAUAAUAUAUUCUAUAUACUGCCCACAUUAUAUUAUAUUAUAUUGCAUAUUUUAGAUAAUAUUUUCUCCUAUUUUUUCAAAAAUAAUAAUACGUAAUAUAAUAUAAUAAUAUAUAAUAUAAAUACUUCCCACAUUAUAUUAUGUUAUAUUAUAUAUUUUAGAUAAUAUUUUCUCCUAUUUUUUGAAAAAUAAUAAUACGUAAUAUAAUAUAAUAAUAUAUAAUAUAAAUACUUCCCACAUUAUAUUAUGUUAUAUUAUAUAUUUUAGAUAAUAUUUUCUCCUAUUUUUUCAAAAAUAAUAUAUAAUAUAAUAUAAUAUAUAUUCGAUAAUAUAUAAUAUAUACUUCCCACAUUAUUAUAUUAUAUUAUAUAUUUUAGAUAAUAUUUUCUCCUAUUUUUUGAAAAAUAAUAUACAUAAUAUAAUAUAAUAAUAUAUAAUAUAUAUUU